ACAAUUUCAUUUAUUUUCUUUUCCCUUAUUUUAAUUUCUCAGCCCCACCAUUUUUUUUCCUUUUUGGGUUUUUUAAAAUAUUUUUCUUCUAAAUUCUUCCUCUACUUCCUGUAUUUAUAGGGCUGGAUUUUCAAAUGUGGUCGAACCAAACUUUUGGUAACCAGGAAUACCAAGAAGAAGAACCAUAGCAUAGAACAUAGCCUUCAAUUCAAUGGAUUCUUCUUCCUUCUAUCAUCAAUACCAAAGUUCAGAAUUCUCACCUGAAUCCUCAUCGUUCGGUUCUUCGGAGUAUUUCUCGUCCUGGGACGAGCCUCUUUUCCACCACAAUUCACUUCCAUUCAACAUAAAUGACUCGGACGAGAUGAUACUAUUCGAUAUGCUAGCUGAGGGAGCUAGAGACUCGUCGGAAACAGCGUCAUCCGUCGGAGGAGCAGCCAAGGAGGAGGAGGUGACUUCCAAUGCUAAAGAGCCCACACCCAACAAGAAGGAGAAGGAGAAGACGUAUAGGGGUGUCAGGAAGCGGCCAUGGGGGAAGUUCGCGGCGGAGAUAAGGGACUCCACCAGGCAUGGGGUAAGGGUGUGGCUUGGUACAUUUGAUAGUGCCGAGGCUGCGGCUUUAGCAUAUGAUCAAGCAGCAUUUUCCAUGAGGGGGACCAUGGCGGUCCUCAAUUUCCCGGUGGAGCGCGUGGUGGAGUCCCUAAGGGACAUCAAGUACGCCUGCGAGGACGGAGGCUCCCCGGUGGUGGCGCUCAAGAGGAGGCACUCUAUGAGAAGAAAAUCAACUGGUCGGAAAAAUAAAAGCAAGGAGGUAAAGGCACAGAAUGUUGUGGUAUUAGAGGAUUUAGGAGCUGAUUAUUUGGAGCAACUCUUGUGUUCAUCAUAGAGCCGUUGAUUCUUCUGGGUCAAUCAUGAAGAUUUCCAUAUUUCCCAAAUUUUUAUAUCUUCUUUCUUUUCUUGGUUCAAUUUUUCUUCUAAAAUUGAUUCGGCCAGGAAUCAUUUUUCCCUUAUUUAUUUAUUAAGGGAAGUUCAUAUCUCCGAAGGAGAAGGAAAUUUCUAAAACUAAUCUUGUAAGUUGUUUUGGUUUCUGAAAAUUACAGUCUGUGCCUUUGUUUCCCUGGGUUCCAGUGAUGAAAAUAGAUAGAUCAAAGAAUCAAAAUUUGGGUUUCUGUUCCUUACCUCUGACUUUCUGGGCAACCAAACAAUUGAAGCAAGAAAAUGAAAAAAACAGAGGCAAGGAAGGAGGACAUAACCGGCAGAGACGGGACAGUACAUGCGAGCAGUGCCGAGAGAGGCAGCAAAAGUGUUGUUACGGUAGGGAGGAGGCUGAGCGUUGAAGAUGACGAGAGGAGAGUUGCCGAUAGAUUCUUUAAGAUUAUGGAGUACCCACAUAAGAGCAUGGUAACUGCACUCAUUCUCGUCAAUGGCCACCAUUACCUUCUUGUGGACUUGAGGUCCUCCACCUUCCACUGCCAUUUCCAUCUGGGUUUUGUGUGGGGUUGCAAUACAAAAUCUAUAUAUUGAACUAACGCAAGCUCUGAUCUUUUUAAGUUUCAGCGAUAGGUUGGUGGUUGGGAAAUAAUCCCAGGUCAUAACAGUCAGUCAAAUCCAUAGAGGCUGAUUUGGAAUUCUAUGGGUGGGUUUUAGUUUAAAUCCGGUUUAGGUCUAUGAAGUUAGGUAAGGUUUACAAAAUUACAGACGGUGCAACUGCUUUGCUCUGCUAGUGAUGCUUAGAAGGUUGAAAUAGGGAAGGAUAAUGAGAAAUUGUCAUUAUUUAUUUAUUAACGUAUUUAAAU